AUGAUUCUGCCAGUGGUGUUCCUGUGUCUCACGGCUGCACUGCCUCCAUCCAGUGCACAGACCCUGAGCUAUGUGCCUCUCCCUUUGCUCAAACGUCCAUCCUCUCAUCGUGUCCCUGAAGGUGUCGAUGCUCUGUCAACCAGCAGAGCAGAUCAGCAAAAGCUGAUUGUUGACAGACAUAAUGCCCUCAGGAGAGGAGUAAAACCAACUGCCAGCAACAUGAUGAAGAUGGAAUGGUGUCCUCGGGCUGCAGAGAAUGCCCAAAAAUGGGCCAAUCAAUGUACUUUAAGUCACAGUCCUCCUAAUCUGAGGAGAACAGAUGUACUAUGUGGUGAAAAUAUCUUCAUGUCAACCGCCCCAUUCUCAUGGUCAGAUGUUCUUCAGGCUUGGUACGAUGAGGAGAAAAAUUUCAAAUACGGAACUGGAGCAAAAACAAAAGGUGCUAUGAUUGGCCAUUACACUCAGAUGGUUUGGCACAAUUCCUAUAAAGUUGCAUGUGGUCUCGCUUCCUGUAGCAACAGCAGAUUCAAAUACUUUUAUGUCUGCCAGUACUGCCCCAUGGGGAAUCUACUAAGUUCCAUGAAGACACCCUACAAGGAAGGAAAGCCCUGUGGGGAUUGCCCUAAUGCUUGUGAGGAUGGAUUGUGCACCAAUCCUUGCAAGUAUCAAGACUUCCUUGGAAACUGCAAGAACCUGAAAGCUUUGUUUGGCUGUAGCCACUCACUGGUGAAGCAGAAGUGUCCUGCAACCUGCAAAUGCACCACUCAAAUCAUAUAAAGUCCUGGUGGAUGUCAUUACAGCUGCUGUGAGACUCAUAGAAGAAGCAUAGAACUCACUGUGAAGUGUAUUCACCCUCAGUGCAUCUGCUCAGAUUGACCUAUAGAUAACAAUUUUAUCUGGAA